UCGUCCGGGUCUCCCCAACGCAGCAGGCGCACGUGCUCGGUGUUGUGCUGGGAGUUGCGCCGGUGUUUCAGCAGAUAUGAGGCUCGCGUAAAAUGUCAUCACGUGGCUAGCUUCGCUUACGCUCCCAGCUCCUUUGACAGAAGUGUGGAAGUGAAUACGACGCCUUUGCGUUACAGAGUUUACGUGGGGACCACUUAUUUUCACCAAGGGUGGCGUCGUCACGGCGUGACCUGACGCUGCUCCCGUCGUAGUUCACCGGACUGAAGGUUUGGAGGUCUGCAGAACAAAACCAUGAGCUCCAGGGUGUGUAAGCACUGCGGCAGCUCGGACAUCGAUGUUGACCAGGCGCGUGGCGAUGCCGUCUGCAUGGGCUGCGGCUCCGUUCUGGAAGACAACAUCAUCGUCUCCGAGGUGGAGUUUGUAGAGACUGGCGGCGGAGGCUCCCUGGCUGUUGGACAGUUCGUGUCUUCAGAAGGUGGUCUUAAAAAUCCAACUUUUGGGGAUGGACACUUCUCAGGGAUGGGGUCAGAGUCCAGAGCUCAGACGUUGCAGAGAGCUAAACAACACAUCAACACCCUGGGCCACCAGCUUCAGAUGAACCAGCACUGCCUGGACACGGCCUUCAACUUCUACAAGAUGGCCCUCAAUAAAAGCCUGACACGCGGCCGCAAGUCUGAUCACAUCAUGGCCGCCUGCAUCUACCUGGUCUGCCGCACCGAGGGAACGCCUCACAUGCUGCUGGAUCUCAGUGACAUUUUGCAGGUGAAUGUCUAUGUGCUGGGAAAAACCUUCAUCGCGCUGGCCAAAGAACUUUGCAUCAACGCUCCAGCUAUAGACCCAUGUCUUUAUAUACCCCGUUUCACCCAAAUGCUGGAAUUCGGCGAGAAGAGCCGCGAGGUCUCCAUGACGGCACUGCGACUGGUUCAGCGGAUGAAAAGGGACUGGAUGCACACGGGAAGGCGGCCAUCUGGACUCUGUGGAGCAGCUCUUCUUGUUGCUGCUCGAUUGCACGACUUUUGUCGCACCACCAAAGAAAUCGUGAACGUGGUGAAGGUCUGUGAGAGCACGCUGAGGAAAAGGCUGACGGAGUUUGAGGACACGCCCACGAGUCAGCUGACCAUAGAGGAGUUUAUGAGGGUAGAUCUGGACGGGGAGUGUGACCCACCGUGUUUUACAGCCGGGCUGAGGAAGAAAAAGGACCAGCAGCUGAAACUGGAGCUGCAGAAAAAGAUGGGUGACUUUGAAGAUGAAAUCCAGGAGUUCAAGGAUGAAAUAGAUGCAGAGCUGGAGAGCUGCAGACCCAAGCUGAGAGGAGUUUACGCUGCCUACACCAAGAAAGAUGUCUUUAGUGAUGACGAUAGCUCCUCGUCAUCUAAGGAGGAACCGAACGAAGGCGACGAGCUUCACGCCGUGGCGAAGCACUUCGGUAGAGAACUGGAAGAGCUCACCCUAGAGGCUCUCAUCAAACUAGAGGGGGGAGAGUUAGAGGAGGAGAACCAGGAGGAGAAUGUGCCCAAGCGAAAAGGUCCCUCACUGGCUUCCAUACUGGGGAGAAUGUCGUCCUCAUCCUCUCAGGGCCUCUCAGAAACCUUCAGCCACUCUGUUGGGGACGACAUGGAGAACGAUGGCACUGCUGACAGUGGAGAGCUGGACCUGAGUGGCAUAGAUGACAGUGAGAUCAAUUUGUAUCUGCUGAGUGACAAAGAAGUCCAAAUCAAAACUGCACUCUGGAUGGCAGAAAAUGCAGAUUACCUAAAAGCUCAAAAAGAAAAAGAAGCAAAGAUCCAAAAAGAGAAGGAGCUUGGGAUCUAUAAAGAAAAAAAGCCCAGACGGCCCUCAAAAAAGCACUCUGCCAUCAGAGCCAGCACUGCUGACGAGGCCAUUGAGAAGAUGUUGGAGCAGAAGAAGAUAUCCACCAAGAUCAACUACGACGUGUUAAAGGACCUCGUCGUGAAGCCUGGCAGCAGCCCGGCUGGUGUGGGGGAGUCACCGAAGAUGGAGCCGCCGGCACCUAGGACGCCCGCCUGCACCCGCAGACCUGCGCCCACUAGAACCCCGCUGAGCCUCAGCAAGCCGCUCAACACUCUGGGAAAACGAUUGCAGCCGUUCAUCAGCAGACAACCCAAGAAGAAGCUGGCUGUGGAGCAGACUGAAGCCCCUCCCCCACCGGCAGCGACUGCAGAGGCCCCGCCCAGUGCAGUUGUUGUCGAGAGUGGACCCGUCCUGUAUGACGAUGUAGACGAGGAAGAGGAUGAAGAGGAGGAGACCUGUGUCAGUGCCAUGGAGCUGCUGGGCGGCGACGGUUAUGGAUGUGACGGGGAUUAUGAUGAUGGGUACUAGCCGCAUCGUCCACCUGGCUCAUCAUCCCCAGCCGGCCUUGGAAUCUGAAGUUGGAGCCGACCUUCACUAACAGGAACCCAUAACGAGCUGCUAAGGAUUGGGCACAGGAGCAGAAGUUUACAGAACGCCAUGCUGCUUUGCUCCAAUCGGGCUGAAGUUGGUUGACCUGGUGGUUAUAAUGCUGCUCUUUGAACGGCCCACUGGAUCGUUUGCAGGUUGGACUUAUUGGGGUUUUUAACCUGUAGAAACAACCUUUUAGGAAGAUCCUCCUCCAAUGAGAAAGAAGCUGAGGCUGUUCUGGACUUGUUGCUCCUGCACUACAUCCCUCCUGAGACCUUCCAUCCAGAUCUGUGAUGGUUUUGUUUUGUGAUUAGUUGUUCUCAUUACCUUUUGGAUGGAAGUUGAAACGGUCUCUUAGGUUGAAUACAAUGUUCUCCAGGACCAUCAAGGCACAGAUAUGAGAACGUUUACGAUUUUGUUUUCUAAUUAUUUGGCAAUGGCCUUCCCCUGUUUACUUUCUGCUGAAGCUGUACCAUAACAUCUUUAUAUGGAAGGAACAUCUGAUUUAGGUUUUAUGUUGCUUCCAAUAUCAUUUGGAGGGCUCAGAAAGCUUUCAAAUUAGAAGUUGGAAAUGCAUUUUUGUUAAUAUAUUUUGCAUUAUGGAGUUUUGUCAGGGUUGAGAUCUCUUUUUUGAAUGAUUGCGUGUUAAGGUGAGGAUUAUUUUUGCUGUAUUGACAGAGCAGUAUUCUUAAAGUGAUGACUGUGAUUAUGUAUCUAUGUAGUACAUUAAAGACAUCACUAACUGGGAAAAGAA